UUUUUUUACGCACACAAUGACGUAAUUAUACAUACACAAAAUUACAACUUAUUCUGAUUUGAAGUGUUCUGAUUGGCUGAAUGAAAUUUAAUUUAAUGAAGUGUUCAUAAAGAAGGAAAGCUAUCGUGACAGAGGCAAAGAUAGAUGACGAAGAUGAAGACAUAUCCUUGUCACUCUCGUCGUACCUAUCUGACAUUAUUAGUACUUGCGGCUUUAACUGCAUUUGGACAAGCUCAACUUCAAGGAGAUGUCUCCAUGGGCUAUGAUGGCUUAGUUAAAGUUUAUGUUAGCGGUAAAUGGACAGCGGUUUGCACAUCAGGAGACUUUACAGUUCAAUCUCAAGUGCUGUGUCGGAGUUUCGGUCAAAAAUUUUCUUAUUAUUCAUCUCGUAGUUCAUCUUUACCAGGCACAAUCAGAGGUUUAGUGUGCAGAGGUGAUGAAAACUCACUAUCAGCUUGCAGUGAUUUUUAUUAUGUUUCUUAUGACUGUUCAUAUAACAAACUUCAUGUUCAGUGCCAGGAAGACUCAAUUAAGGCAUUUUGCCCAUUUGACAACAACAUUUGCGAAAUGGUUAGUGAAGGCACAGCACAUUAUAAAUGGCAACGUGUUAAUCCUUAUUUCUCCUCAGGACUGUCAGUACAAUCAGUACCUAAAAAUGAUCACACAACUGAAAGUAAUAAUGGAAAAUAUAUGCUUGCUUCUGCAGCUGGUUUCCCUGGACAAAAAGCAAUUUUGAAAACAAAACCCUUCGUUGGAAAUAUCGGCAGUGUCAGUUUCUACUAUCAUAUGUUUGGAAAUGACAUGGGAAGCCUAAAUGUCUAUGUUCGUUCUAAUAAUUCAAGUGAAAAAUCUAUUGGAUCUAUAUCAGGCAAUCAAGGUAUUGGAUGGAAACAUCAGUGUCUUCCCAUAGAUGAGGGAUAUGGGCAUCAUGAAGUCAUAUUUGAAGCUAUCCAAGGAAAGGGUUUUGACAGUGACAUUGCUCUUGAUGACGUGACUAUAUCAGAAAAUAACUGUUCAAGUCACUGGAAUGUUAGCUGUGAUUUUGUGAGCGGCAUUUGUGAUUACAAUAUUCAAAAUAUUAUAGAUACAAACAUAGGUUGGAGACUUCACUCAAAUACUAAAAGUUACAGUAAUUCUAGUUCUGGAAACUACCUACUAUUUACAUCUUCCUACUACACAGAGACAAGACACUCAAUAAAGUCACCUAUGAUUGAUAUUCCAAAUGAGAAGAUCAAACUUGAAUUUUUCUAUCAUAUGCCUGGGACUGAAGCUCACGAACUACAAGUAAGAUUUGUAGAAGAUAAACUUAAAUCAUGGUUUACCAAAACACCAUAUUUCUGGCAAGAUUCUGGAGACCGUGGAACUGAGUGGCAGUAUGGUUGUAUGGAUUUACCAAGUAAACGUGGAAGAAUCCUAUUCACUGGUAUUGCUGGAAAUAGAUAUUCAACCAUAGGUCUUGAUGAUUUACUUGUUGAUAAAGGCUACUGUCGAACUGGGAUCACAAAUCAUAAGUGCACAUUUGAUAAUCCACUACUCUGUGAAUAUGAAAUUACUUGCAUGAACCCUAAUGAAUAUACAUGGAGGAGGAAGAAGGGAGCAACUCCAUCGUCUUACACUGGACCUAACAGUGAUAAUUCAAAAACAGGAAAUGGGUACUAUAUCUAUGCAGAAGCUUCUUAUGGAAAUUUUAAUGAUACCACAAGCCUUAAGUUUCCAGUUUCAAAAAAUACCAAGGGGAAACAGCUGAAAUUUGAUUACAACAUGUAUGGAAGUUACGUUGGUCAACUAUAUGUUGUAUUUGUCACUAAUCAAUCUUCAACUGAAGAAAUAGUCUGGACAAAGAAAGGAGAUAAAGGAAAAUACUGGCAGAAAGCAUGUUGGCAUAUUGAAAAUGACAUAAGUGAAAUCAUAUUUGUAGCUGUAAGAGGAAAUUCGUACCAAGGAGACAUUGCAAUAGACAAUGUAGUAGUUGAAGAAAAAGGAUGCCCUGGUCCCUUUGACUGUGACUUUCAAGUUGGAAUCUGCAACUAUAAGAUUUUCACUUACUACACAUUUUCAUGGUAUAUUCAGGAUGACUAUUCAUACUAUAGUAACUCAAACAAAUACUUAUACAUUUAUUCAAGAACAAAUACUGAAAAUGCAUAUUUUAAAAUAGUGUCACCUCAAGCAGAUGUGAAGGAAAAUUCUAGUGUCACCUUCAAAUACCAAAUAAGAGGAAACAUGAAAAAGUUUGCACUAAUUACUUAUGACUAUUAUUCACAGAAUGAAUUGUGGUCGUCAAAUUUCAAUGAUAUCACUGAAUUCAUUACAGCUUGUGUGAAUUUUCCAAAUUCAACAACAUUUGGGCUGAUUUUUCAGGGUACAGUAAAUGUUAAUUCAUAUUGGGACACAAACACAUUCUUGGAUGAUAUUGAAAUCCAUAAUGAAACAUGUAAAUUGGGUCUUACAUACCAUUUUUGCAAAUUCAAAGAAGUACAUCUGUGUAAUUUCCAUGUUGAGUGUCCAGAGAAUACCAGAUAUAACUGGAGCCAAGGAUCUUCUUCAUAUUACAAUGGGAUUCCACAUCAUCAUCACUACUCAUAUGACAAAUUCUAUUACAUGUAUGUUGAUUCUAUAAAUGGCAAACCUGGAGACAAGACACAUCUUUCUUUUCCAAAUGUUGUACCUCCCGCAGGCUAUAGUUUAUACUUUGAUUAUUAUCUCCAACAAGGAUCUGGCAAACUUCAGAUUGAACUUGAAACUGCAAAUGGAAAGGAACUUGUGUUUGAAGAAUGUGGUAUUGCUCCAUCAUCAGUAUGGCAAUCUGCAUGUGUUCAGGUAACAAAUGAAUAUACAGACAUUGAAUUUAUUGCAUCUCAUGGAUAUGGAACGGGUCGAUAUAUUGGUCUCACGAAUGUUGGUUUCUUGGAAGAAGAAUGUCAAGCCAGGAAUAUUUCCUGUGGUUUCACAGAAGGCACAUGCCAGUAUAGCAACCUAACUUACUACUCAACAUGGGAAAGAAUAAAUUCAAGAAACGAUACUAACCUAACAGAUGGUAAGUAAUUAUUCUUUAUUUUAU